AUGGCUGAGAAGGACAUCAUUUGCAUUGUCUCUUCGGGGUACAAAGCGGUAUUUUUGAAGAUUAACUCCUCAACCACCAUCCUGGAUCUCAAAUUUGAUGUGGCAGAGAGGUUAGGUAUUCCAUAUGAGUCAUUAAUUCUGUCAUACGAAGAUGAAACAGCUGGAAGCUUGAAAUUUCCUAUUGAGAACGAGGGGGACAUGAUGUCUAUGGUGGAGCAUUGUCACAAUCUUGGACUGAAAGAGGUUCACAUGAAAGCUGAUGAUUUGCAGAAUAUACACUGCAAUGAGCGAGUCCAACCUUGCAAAGAGCAAGUCCCACAAGACAUCGCUUCCAGAAGUCUAAACUCGAAAAGUAUAGACUGUGGCCCGCCGGAGUUGUCGUCCACAACUGUUGCAGAUAAGAAUCCCAAUGACAUUCCUUCAAGAGAUAAUGUUAUGAUGAUUGAUGACAUGAUUAGCAGAUCUGAGAGGAUUCCUGCUUGGUGGCACACUGCGUUAACUGGGGAGGGGCAACGUUUUGAAAGUGCGAAGGAGUUAAGAUUGGCCUUGCUAUACUACUCCAUGGCCAAAAAAUUCGAAUAUGAGUUUGUGAAGAAUGAACCAAAGCGUAUUCGAGUUUUUUGCCGGUUUAAGGUAGCCAAAAAUUGCCCAUGGAUGUUAUUUGCCUCUCCGCCGAAAAAUGAUAAUAGACUUGAAAUAAAAAGGUUCGUGGACAUUCACAACUGUGGACAACAUGCCAAUAAUGCAGGUCAAUCUAGAGCCUCUCGUCAUUUCAUUGCUACCCAAUUACAACCCACGUUGAAGUAUGUAGACGAGGUUAAGAAGACAAAUCCGGGAAGCUACAUUCAUGUUGAACAAGACGAGGGUAGGUUUACAAGGAUAUUCAUCUGCUAUGCGGCCUGCAUAAAUGGUUUUUUACAAGGUUGCAGACCACUUAUAUUUUUGGAUGGAACCUUUCUGAAAGAUCGAUUCAAAGGUCUGUGGUCCAUUCUCUAUGAAAGGGCAGAUCCAUACAACCCUCCACAUAAGCUAGUGAUAAUUUCAGAUGCGGAUAAAGGGAUCAGAAAAGCAGUUAGAGAAUUUUUUCCCGAUUCUAUACACUCUCACUGUGUGCUGCAUUUGGUCGAGAACUUCAGAACAAAGUUGAAGGAUUUGGGAUUCAAGUCAAAGGAUUCUCAGAUCUUGGGUAAUCUACUGCAAUCUGCCUGUUACAAAUAUACUAGAGCAGAAUGGAAUGAUUAUAUGGACGACAUCAGACUAAUUGACGAGCGUGCAUACAAUAUUGUGAUGAACUAUGCUCCAGAAAACUGGGCCAAUGCGUUUUUUCCUGGAGUUAGGCAAAGUCAUUCAACAAAUGGAUUCAUGAGGCAAGGCUUCUACGGAUACUCCAACUGA